CCCGCCCCUGGCCGCGCGCCGCAGUCCUAGCGGCUCCGCUGCAGCUGCGGAGCCUGCGGUCGGGAUUGCUGUGGGCGAGCGCCCCGGAGGGCGUCCAGCAAGGUGAGAGCGGCCGGCCCGCGAGCUGCGGGCGAACUUAUCCCCGGGAUGCCCUAGUCUCGGAGCAGGGGCCGGCCCGCGGGAGAGGGCUCGAGGGCCUGGGGGCUGCCUCCCGGGGCGACCGGCCGAGAAGGCGCCCCUCGGUCCUGGCAGAGGCUGAGCAUCUGGCCCUAGCGGGACAGGAGGGAAUGCCCUCAGCCCGCCUGUGGCCCGGCGCUCGCGCACCCUGCUGGCACCUGGAGGCUCCGCCGCGCCGAGCAGCUGUGCCCUGCUUUCCUCUCUUCUGUUAUGCCUGGGAUACGAAGGUGGACCUCCGCGGUUGGUUUCAGCUCUGAGGUUUUGCGAGUGUGUAACUGAAGUCAAAGAGGAAAAAACAGACUCUUGGGAUGCUAUAUGGUAUCACUAUUGGAGAGCUGUCCUGCACGGUCCAAGGAUGUGUGGACACUGCUGCUCAGCGCCCUUAUUGGACCAGGUUCCUGCCAGCUUGAGCCCAUGCUUGGAUUCCAAGGUGACCAUGGAGGCUGGCGGCCUCCCGCUGGAGCUGUGGCGCAUGAUCUUAGCCUACCUGCAACUUCCCGACCUAGGCCGCUGCAGCCUAGUAUGCAGGGCCUGGUACGAGCUGGUCCUCAGUCUCGACAGCACCCGCUGGCGGCAGCUGUGUCUGGGAUGCGCAGAGUGCCGCCACCCUAACUGGCCCAACCAGCCUAAUGUGGAGCCCGAGUCUUGGAGGGAGGCCUUCAAACAGCAUUACCUUGCCUCCAAGACAUGGAUCAAGAAUGCCCUGGACUUGGAGUCCUCUGUCUGCUUUUCUCUGUUUCGCCGGAGGAGAGAGCGCCGUACCCUGAGUGUCGGGCCAGGCCAUGAGUUUGACAGCCUGGGCAGUGCCUUGGCCAUGGCCAGCCUGUAUGACCGAAUUGUGCUGUUCCCAGGUGUGUAUGAAGAGCAAGGGGAAAUCAUCCUGAAGGUGCCCGUGGAGAUCGUAGGCCACGGAAAGUUGGGCGAGGUGGCCCUGCUAGCCAGCAUUGAUCAGCACUGCCAAACCACACGUCUCUGCAACCUUGUCUUCAUGCCGGCUUGGUUCUCCCCCUUCAUGUUUAAGACAACAUCAGGUCAUGUCCAGUUUGACAACUGCAACUUUGAGAAUGGGCACAUCCAGGUCCACGGCCCAGGCACCUGCCAAGUGAAGUUUUGCACCUUCAAAAAUACCCAUGUCUUCCUGCACAAUGUGCCCCUGUGUGUCCUGGAAAACUGUGAAUUUGUGGGCAGUGAAAACAACUCUGUGACUGUUGAGGGCCACCCUUCUGCAGAUAAGAACUGGGCCUACAAGUAUUUACUAGGACUUAUCAAGUCCUCGCCCAGUGUGCUCCCCACAGAGGACUCAGACUGUUUCAUGUCCCUGGACCUGGAGAGCAGAGACCAGGCCUGGAGCCCAAGGACCUGUGACAUUGUCAUUGAGGGCAGCCAGAGCCCUACUAGCCCAGCCUCUAGCUCCCCAAAGCCAGGCUCCAAGGCUGGCUCACAGGAGGCAGAGGCGGGCAGUGACGGGGAAGGGGUGGCCCAGACCCCAGACAGCAGUGAUGGAGGCCUGAGUCCCAGCGGUGAGGAGGAGGAUGAGGACCAGCUCACAUACAGGCUGUCCUACCAAGUGCAGGGCCCACGCCCUGUAUUGGGGGGCUCCUUUCUGGGCCCCCCACUGCCAGGAGCAUCCAUUCAGCUACCCAGCUGCCUCGUGCUGAACUCCCUGCAUCAGGAGCUGCAGAAGGACAAGGAGGCCAUGGCACUAGCCAGCUCUGUGCAGGGCUGCCUCAUCCGCAAGUGCCUCUUCCGGGAUGGGAAGGGAGGUGUCUUCGUUUGCUCCUAUGGCCGAGCCAAGAUGGAAGGAAACAUCUUCCAGAACCUGACUUAUGCAGUGCGGUGUAUACAUAAUAGCAAGAUCGUCAUGCUCAGGAACGAUAUUCACCGCUGCAGAGCAUCAGGCAUCUUUCUUCGCUUGGAGGGCGGAGGCUUGAUUGCAGGCAACAACAUUUACCACAAUGCUGAGGCCGGCGUCGACAUCCGGAAAAAGUCCAACCCGCUCAUACUGUGCAACCAGAUCCACCAUGGCCUUCGUUCUGGCAUUGUCGUCCUUGGAAAUGGGAAAGGCAUCAUUCGGAACAAUCAAAUCUUUUCGAAUAAGGAGGCUGGCAUUUAUAUCCUAUACCAUGGAAAUCCCAUCGUGAGUGGGAACCACAUUUUCAAGGGCCGUGCAGCUGGCAUAGCAGUGAAUGAGAAUGGCAAAGGCUUCAUCACAGAAAAUGUCAUCCGUGAGAAUCAGUGGGGAGGUGUGGACAUCCGCCGCGGAGGGGUCCCCGUCCUCAGGAGCAACCUCAUCUGCUUCGGCUAUUCAGAUGGUGUGGUCGUGGGAGAUGAAGGCAAAGGACUGAUAGAGGGAAACACCAUCUAUGCUAAUAAGGGCUGUGGUGUGUGGAUGAUGUCAUCCAGCCUGCCCCACGUCACCAGCAACCACGUCAGCUACAAUGGCCUAUACGGAGUGGCAGUGUUUAGCCAGAAGGAUGGCUCUGCUGAGUUCCCUGGAGGCCACGGGGCCCAGGAGAACUUCAGUGAGGACGGGGACGCCAUUCUCUGGGAGACAGAGCUGGAGAAGGAUGACGACCAGCUGCGCCGGCCCAUCACCAUAGCUCUUGUUGAGUCUAACAGUAUUAAUCACAACGGAGCCUCGGGACUCUAUGUCCAGAGCAGCGAGGCGCUGCAUGUCAUCACCAACGUGAUCCAUGCUAACGGGGACAGAGGCGUCACCGUGGCCCAGAGCGGCCAGCUCACCCGCGUGGUCAACAACAGCAUUUCCUGCAACCGCCAGAGUGGGGUCAGGGUCGAGGCCCAGUGCAGGGUGGAGCUCCGGGGCAAUGGCAUCUACGACAACAGAGGCUGUGGAGUUGUCACCAAGGGCGACAGCACCAUUUUCAUCGAAAACGACAUCAUCGGCAACCGGGGUAGUGGACUGCAGCUGCUGCCAAGGUCCGACACGAAGGUAAUAAAGAACCGGAUCCAUUCAUUCCGGGCCUAUGGCAUUGCAGUGCAGGGCCGUGCCAAGGCCCUGGUACAGGAGAACAUCAUCUUCCAGGGCAAGGCCAGCAAGACAGUCUUUCAGCAGGUCCCCAACAACCGAGAAUGCAUCAUGCAAAACAACAAGUUCUUGGUCUUCAAGAAAAAAUCUGAUACAUGGCGCCUGGUGAACCCACCAGCACGGCCUCACCUUGAGAACUCUCUCCGAGGCCCAUCUGCAGCCCAUGGUGGGCAGAAGGUGACAGCCAUGGCGACUAGGAUCACAGCCCGUGUGGAAGGUGGUUACCACAGCAACCGCAGCAUCUUCUGCACCAUCCUCUAAGGAUGGAGUGCCGAGUGGGGCAACUGGAGGGCUGCCGGAGGACUCGCAGGAGCAGCAAGCACACACCCCGCUCCCAGGCUCAGGUCCUGGCAGGUGUUCAGCCACUCUAAGGGGUUAAGGCCUUUGGGAUGGAAGUAGCAGUGCCUAAAAGGCUCCAGGCCCCUCUCUGUACCCUUACCAUAACCCCGAAAACAUGGGCUUUAAGGACAAGAUACAUCCAAAACCCUGAAUUCAGCUCCACACUUUCAGUAGAAAAGAACUUAGACAUGUUUUACAAGGAGAAAAAGGAACAGAAAUUGGAGAGUUUCCAGUCACCUAACUCCUA